AUGAUAGUCGGCAAUCGAAAUUGUCGACAUGCAAGACCUGAACUUAUUCGUAAACGACGACAACAAUCCCUAUUACGAAAUAAACAGAAAAAUUCAAAUAAUAAUAAUGAUAAUAAUAAAUGUGUUAUUAUUAAUUUUAUAAGUACACAAGAUUUACUUGUUGUUGCACCAUUAACACGAAAAACAACAAGUGAUGCUUCAUCAUCAUCAUCAUCUGUAACUAUGAUAAGAAUUCAUAUUAUUCCAGAAGUAGCGCAAGGCAUUACUUAG